AUGAGCCCCAGACGGCAACCUCGGCUGCUCGGACCAUUGAGAGCACAGGUGAAGCACGGCGACGCUGCAUCAAGCCGGCUGGGAGAAAAAACCUCCCUUUACUGUCGUACGAAGGCGAAUGUCAACGGUCUGGAAGACAGAUGUGCUUUAUGUUGA